CCACUCCUCCAUGCCCAAUACUUCUAUCUAUAACCUUAAUCCCACUCCUCCGUUACAAACACUCUUAACACUAUACCAUCACUGAUAGUCCAAACCCCCUUCCUAAUCGUAUCAUUGUACAUUUGACUUUAAUGUAAUGAUUAAAUUAUUGUUUUAAUUUUUUCUGAAUCUAACAAAUAUGACUGACUCAAAACAAUGUUUCAAUAAUCAUUUUAUUAUUGCAUAUAAAAUUGGUGAUUUCUUCCAUGCCUAUAAUGGAAAAAAAACAUUCAAAAUUAUGAAGGUAAUAUCUAUUCUCAAAGAUAGUAAAGUAUGUAAAUUGGGAGUUUAGAUCAUGUUUUCUUGCCAACUGAGUGCCCCAGCCGGACUCAUAAAGUAGUCUGCAAAAGCAUCUCUAAUUGUAAAUCCCACUAUAGGUCCACAUACAUGAAGGAAUUCGGCUGGUUCAAUAUUGUGUGACAGUGUAUCCUCAAAAUUUACUCCAUCCCUCUCUCACCAAAUUAUGUAAUAUACACGCGGCCUUGAUUACCUUACAUGCGUUUUCUAUGUUAAGGUUAAUUGGUUUUAGAAAAAUGUGCCACUUGUUGGCCACUAUACCGAAAGCACAUUCUACAAGUCUACGUGCCCGACACAGCCUGUAAUUGAAGAUCCUCUUUCGCGUAUCUAAAUUUCUCAGUGAAUAUGGUUUCAUGAGAUGUUCAUGAAUAGCAAAAGCAUCGUCUGCUACAAAGACAAAUGGCAUAUCGGGUCCCUCUGUUCCGGGCAAUGGUCGGUUAACUGGUAAAUCCAAUUCAUUAAAAGCAAGACGUUUUCCAAAUUUACUAUGUUGGAAAAUGGCAGAGUCUGCACUGCUCCCAAACGAUCCUAUAAAAUAAAUUUGUAAUCUGCAUCGACCACAGCCAUUAAAACAGAAACAUACUUUUUUAUAAUUAUAAUACUGGCUACCGCUAUGGCAUGGUUUUAUUAGCCUAAUAUGUUUUCCAUCAAUAGCUCCUAAACAGUUUGGAAAAUUUGUCUUGUUCAAAAAUCGCUGGGCAACAUCUUCCCAUUUUUCCUUAUUUGGAAUAGGCAUAAAUUAACUUCUCAGAUUCCAGAUUGCAUCACAAGUUUCCUUUACAAUUUUACUUAUGGUUGAUAUCCCUAUCCGAAAUUCAUAUUGUAGUGAGGAGUAGGUAUUUCCCGUUGCAAGAUAUCUGAAAAACAUAUAAUUCUAUAUUUCAGUGAAAAUGAUCAAACAACGUUGGAAGACGUUAAGAGACAAUUUUAAAAGGGAACUUUUAAAACAACAGCAAAUUAAAAGUGGGUCUGGCUCCAAAAAAUCAAGGAUCUACUGCCACUACUACGAGUUGGAGUUCUUGAAACCAGUAAUGCAAGAGAGACAAUUUCACCUGAAGCAAAAAUUUCUCCCUCACCUAGCAAGUCUUCAAAUCCAGAUUUACCAACCAGAUCAAAGACCAACAUCUCCAGCACCUCACAGAGAAGAAAGAACAGAUGAGCGAAGAGUUGACCGAACAGAUGAUAGGAGGGAUGACAGAACUAGAGAGCAUGAGCGACAAUGGGAGAGGGAGCGUGAGAGAGAACAGAGGGAAAGAGAGAGAGAGAAAAAGAGCACAAGUCUAAACGUUAGAGAGCUUGUGAGCUUGAGAAAAAAAGUGGGAAAGAGAACUAGAAGAGCAGAUGAUAGGAGGGAUGACAGAACUAGAGAGCGUGAGCGACAAAGGGAGAGGGAGCAUGAGAGAGAACAGAGGGGGAAAGAGAGAGAAAAAGAGCGCAAUUCUAAACGUUAGAGAGCUUGUGAGCUUGAGAAAAAAA